UUGAAGAUCAUGGCGGCGGUGGAUAUACGAGAUAAUCUCCUGGGAAUUUCCUGGGUUGAUAGCGCCUGGAUUCCGAUAUUAAACAGUGGAAGUGUAUUGGACUACUUCUCAGAACGUAGUAACCCAUUUUACGAUAGAACAUGCAACAACGAAAUGGUCAAAAUGCAACGGGUAACCUUGGACCAUUUGAACCAAAUGGUUGGCAUAGAAUAUAUCCUUCUCCAUGCACAAGAGCCUAUUUUGUUCAUCAUUCGUAAGCAGCAAAGACAAUCCCCAACUCAAGUUAUUCCAUUGGCUGAUUAUUACAUUAUUGCUGGAGUGAUUUAUCAGGCACCUGACUUGGGAUCAGUUGUAAACUCUAGAGUGCUCACUGCAGUACAUGGAAUCCAGUCAGCUUUUGAGGAAGCCUUGUCCUACUGUCGCUAUCACCCGUCCAAAGGCUAUUGGUGGCAUUUCAAAGAUCAAGAAGAAAGAGAUAAAACCAAACCCAAAGCCAAGAAGAAAGAAGAACCAAGCUCUAUUUUCCAGAAGCAACGUGUGGAUGCAUUACUUCUUGAUCUAAGACAAAAGUUUCCUCCUAAAUUUGUGCAGCAAAAGCCUGGAGAAAAACCCGUCCCAGUGGAUCAGAUCAAAAAGGAGCCUGAGCCAGCCCCUGAGGCUGUCAAGCAAGAGGAGAAAGAGACUGCCAAGAUCACUCAGCAGAGCACCAGCACCAAAGGUCCGCCGGAGAAAAGGAUGAGGUUGCAAUGAGGGGUGGUACAGUGAC